UUAAACUUUGCUUUUCUCCUUCCAGGUCUUGGGCUAGAUUCAGAUAAACUUCCCAGUCAGUUGAGUUUCUCCGACUGGCCCAAAAUGAAGAAAAAAUUUGCAUCCAUAUUUGCACAGAAGACACAAGCUGAGUGGUGCAGCAUAUUUGAUGGUACUGAUGCCUGUGUGACCCCUGUUUUAACCUUUGAUGAUGUUGCCUCACAUCAGCAUAACAAAGAAAGAGGUUCUUUUAUCAAAAAUGAACAGGAAGAGAUAAGUCCUAGACCUGCUCCUCUUCUAUCAAGGACGCCUGCUGUUCCAUCAUUUAAAAGAGAUCCUUUUAUAGGGGAACACACAGAAGAAAUUCUUCGAGAAUAUGGAUUUACUCAGGAAGAGAUUACUAAACUGUAUUCUGAUAAAGUAAUAGAAUUCAGUAAACUAGAAGCUAAUUUGUAAUCUCUAACUAUGCAGAUUGGAGAAAUUUCAGGCUGAUACAGUACGUUUUUAUGCAUUAAAAUUGAAUUAUAUGACAAAUAAAUGUUUGGAUGCUACAGCUUUUAAAUAAUUUCUUUUAAAUGACUGAAGUUUUAAA